AUGGGUUAGGACGGCCUCAAAUGCCUCCUGCUGUGGGCAUCAGCCCUCCGCCAGGCAUGUCUCGCCAAGCAGUUGGGUCCUCGCUUCUCCAAGUCUUCCACAUGAUCUUCCCAGGCAAGACGUCGGGGAUUGUAGACAGGUGCCCGCUGCUGCGGCACGUACAGCUCAGCGGCCUGUGCUGCUGCCGUUGCAACACCGACCAGGACAAGGAAGGCCAUCACGGCGGCCUUGAUCACAGCAGUAGAAGUUGUAUCAUGGUCUCUUUGGUCGGAGCGCCGCAGUCGCCGCCUUUGCGGAGCCGUCUGUGAGGUUCCCCGAAGCUCCCGGCGCCUUCUAUUGUCGGCCAUGGACCCUAGCCUACUCUGGCGAUCAGUUCUGGGGGUUAUAGUGCAGCUACGGGGGUGAUACAGGUGGCUUGGUGUGCUGUUCCCGAUCCAACGCGAUGCUCUCAAGAGAAUCGCAGAAAUCGCAGGUUUGUACCUGCGAUCGCAGAAAAGGAGCGGAGGUGAUUUUUUCGGCCCUGCUCCCGACCUGCGAUCGCAGGUAAAAAGCCUCCAUAUUCGCAGGUAAAACCUGUGAUCGCAGGUUUCGCAGGUAUUUUUUGGCCUGUUUAGGUCGACCCUUACACCAUCCGGACGGUAUUGGGGAGAGUACGAUGUGGUGGGUGCGGGCCGAUCCCCCCCCCCCUUGACCCUCGCACGUGUCGGUAGCUGGCGGAGCGACCAACGGACGUUCGGUAGUUGACAGGGCCAAGGCCUGACGCGCAUCACCAUGCACUUCAGCCGCGCUUUUUCAGCAACUCCUCAGUCACACGCAAAACUCGCGACAGGUUAUUUUCGAGCGUUUUUG